GGAAGGCUGGUGCCUCUCGGAGCUCUCCCGGCGCUCUCGGCUCUCCCUGGGCUCGGCUUUGCCCGAGGAGGGGGCACAGGCGGUGGGAGCCUGGGCAGGGCAGGCUGGGAUGGUUCUGUUCCCUGCCGUUCCUGCUGCCAGCUUCUCCUCUCCCCAAAAAUCCCCAUCUGGAGGCCAUGCUGGGAAAGCAGAGGGGGCACUGUUUGGUGCCCAGCGGGGUCUCCCCUUUUCCUUCCCUUUCAUUUGGCAGGGAAAAGAGCCAAACUUUGUCUGCCUGCCCCGUGCUGGAGCCCUGGUUGUCAGGGUGGGUGUUUGGGCACAGGGGAGCCUUUGGCAAGAGGCAACUCCUUGCCAGGUUGUUUGUAUCCCAAAUAGCUGAGUGGGAGAGGAGCUGCUGGAUCCUGGGGUGCACAGGGAGGAUGUGGACCCACAUUUGCUCUGGGUCAGGACCUCCAUCCCGGCAGGGAGCAGGAGGUCAACAGGUGAUUGCAGCUCCUGGCCAGGCUCCUUAGGACUCCUCACAGAGCUCAGAGAGGCUGUGUCAGUGUGUGAAUCCUGUCUGCAGGGUUUAGGAGGUGUUCCCCAGCUGCCAGCACCACCAGCAGUGUGGUUAUGGGCAGUGGAUGUGACAUUGUUCAGGAGAUUCACAACUUAACUGAGCUUUUUAAAACUUUCCAAGGAAAUCCCUCCCUCUGAACAAUGAAGAUCUUAGACCCUGGCUAACCCUGAGUCCUGCAAGCCCUUUGUGGAUCCUUCCUGGCUGCUCUGGAGCAGAUGCUGAGGCUCCCUAGAGGGAUCUUCUCCAGUCGCUCCUGGUGCCUGUGUGAGAGCAGAGGAAGCUCCCAGCCAUCGUGUGCCCGAGAGCUGAGCCAUGCUGGGCAGGAGGAGCCGCCUGCCCCCCGAGCAGCCGUGCCAGGAGGCUGUGCCGCUGCGGGCCCGGGCAAACAGGGACACGGAGCUCAGCCUGGGCGUGCUGGGGGGCUCCAGCAGGGACACAGGUGUCAGCCUGGGCGUGCUGGGGGGCUCCAGCAGGGACACCAAUGUCAGCCUGGACGUGCUGGGGGGCUCCUCGCCCCAGCCCAAGGGCGGCCGCAGCCGGGCGCAGCAGAUGAGGGACAGGAAGGGGCGCAGGGCCGAGCUCAAGGACUCCAACGGCCGGGAGGCAGAGACCAUCACCUUCAUCUCCGGCACGGCUGAGGCUCCCCCGAGCCAGAGCUUCUGCUGCUCCGCCCUGGCUCAGGCCUGGAACACGUACAAGGCUGUUUUCUGCUGCAUAGUGACGUGUGGGGGCUGCUUCCAGGACUGCAGCGUCUGCGUUCCCUACCCGGGGCCCGCCGAGACCUCCACGGACGAUGGGAAGAACGGAGACUACAACGGGCGGCUGCCAAACAGCCCCAGCAACUCCUCUCCUGCUGAGAAGAACGGCAACCAGAUCAAAAAGUCCAGCAUGGGCAGCAGUUUCAGCUACCCAGACGUGAAGCUGAAGGGCAUCCCCGUCUAUCCAAACAGGAGCCCCAACCACCACCUGGAGUCUGACUCCUGCUGCAAGGAGCUGCUGGAGAAGCCCUUCAGGAACAGCAUGGAGAAGCCCCCCCUGCCCAGCAGCCACAGGAGCUCAGAGGAGUACUACUCCUUCCACGAGUCGGACGUGGACAUCAGCGAGCUGAACGGCUCCAUGUCCAGCCGCCAGAUCGACGUGCUCAUCUUCAAGAAGCUGACUGAGCUGUUCAGCGUGCACCAGAUCGACGAGCUGGCCAAGUGCACCUCGGACACCGUCUUCCUGGAGAAGACCAACAAGAUCUCGGACCUGAUCAACAGCAUCACGCAGGACUACAACCUGGACGAGCAGGACGCCGAGUGCCGCCUGGUGCGGGGCAUCAUCCGCAUCAGCACCCGCAAGAGCCGCGCGCGGCCCCGCUGCUCCCUGCCAGGUGCUGAGUCAUCCUUCACCUGUCUCUCACUGUCUCAGGCCCUCUUGCUUCUCCUUGCAGAGCUGGCUGUGCAGAUAUCGGAGGAGACGCCGGCAGAUGUGAUGGCCAGGAACAUGAGGCGGCACAGCAGCGCAGGCUCUCCAACCAGCAGAGAUUCCUCUUUCCAGGACACAGAGACUGACUCCUCUGGGGCUCCUCUGCUCCAGGUGUACUGUUAAAGGACCUGAGCAGCAGGGAGGCAUCCCAGGGCUCUGCUGCAUCCCAAUCCUGCUCUUGCCAUGUGGAGUGUGCUGUGCCACAUUUGAUUUUCUUUUCCCCAGUCUGCCCUGAAGCCAGAUGCCUCCUGCUGUCUGAAUUUCACUGGAUGCUUUGGUUUUUUUGGACAAUCAAGGAAGCAAGCUGCAGAGCUAAUGAACCUGGGAGGUGGAUUGUGUGCCCAGGGAGGAGAAGAUGGACAAGGAAGUAGCAGAUCAUUGUGGCUCUGUGAUUCUGUAAAUCACAUUUAGCUCCAGCAGCCUCAGUCUGGCUCAGCCCUUUCCCUGCUUUGAGGUGCAGUUCCUGCUUCCUGGCACUGCUGAGUGAACCUGGAUGAGGAAUAACAGUGUGGUGUCUGUGCUGGUGCUGAGGUGCAGGCUGAGAUCCUGCCCUGCAGGGACCCAAAUCUCUAUUUAAAGUGCCUGUGUUGGUCCCACAACCCCAAAAUCUUCUGCCGUGGUGUUUUCAGUAGCCAGAUCUGCCUUUCCCUGCUGGCCCUCGGUGUCACCUCCUUAUGUUGCCUUGUGAGGUUCAGAUUUGUGGGGUUUGUUUAAUUUGUGGCCUCUUGGCUCAUCUGCUGGGACAGUGCCAGUGCUGGGCUGCCCCUGCCUGGGGAUCAGCUCUGCCAGCCUGCUGGGAGUCCUGGGGAGCACUCUGGGACCUGCCUGCUAGCAGCUCUGCCUCCCUGCCCUGCCCAGCCCUCCUGGCAGAGCCUGGAGCAGGAGGGGAGCACUUGACUCACUCCUUAUGGUUCAGAGCUGUUUGACUGUUCUGCUGGAAAAUCCCUUCCAAGUGGUUUGCUUGGAAAGGAAAGGGCCCUGAGACUGCCUGCAGAGGGUCUGGGGGGCACUGCUGGCACCCAGCUCCUCCCUGUGGCAGGGGGAGGCAGGAGAUGGGCACUGCCGUCCCCAGGGACGGUGCCAGGUGGCCUUGAGGGCUGCAGCAGGAGGAAGCUGCAUCUGUGCUGUUGCCACUGGUUGGUUGUUUGUCACAGAGUAAACACAGCAAGCCAUGGGGCUUAUUUGGAGAUUGGGGUGCCCUUGGACAUGAGCAGAAAAUGCUUCCUUGAAUUCUCCAGCCCUAGGAUAAACACACCCACUGGAUUCUGGGGAGAGGGAAGCCCAGAUAGGCCCCACGUUUUGGUGUGGACCAUGGUUUUGUGCCUCAGUUGGACUGGAACGUGCCUCAAUUGAACUGAAAUGUGCCUCAAUUGAACUGAAAUGUGCCUCAAUUGAACUGAAAUGUGCCUUAAUUGAACUGAAAUGUGCCUUUAUUUUCCAGCCUGUGGUUGCUCUUCAGAGCUUUGAGCAGGGAGGAAGGGUUUCAUUCCUCUCACAAGCUCUCAGGCUUCUUUAAAAGGCCAAAACCCUUUGAAAUUCCAGUUCCGGUCCCUGUUAGAGACUGGUUUUGUAAACCACUGGCUUUUUUCAGAGUGUGCUUCCAAAAAUCAGGGGCAUUACUGAGACCAGACCACACCUGAAGACAUUGACAGAGAUAUUUUGAAGAUAAAGGGGAGAGACUGAGCCUUGGAUUUGGCUUCCCUUCCCUGCUUUGUGUUUAAAGCUGUUGGUUUAUGAGAAAUGGAGUUUAUACAAGGAAAAGACUUGAAGCAAGGCCAGGCUGGGACUCCCAGGGGAGCUGGGUGAGGUCACCUCCUUGCCAGUGCUGCCCAUCCUGAGGGACCUGCUUGGCUCCUGCUUCUCAGGGGUUUGUACAUUGUUAUUUGGGCAGGUUUGCUUCGAGCUGUGUGCUGAGGUUCACGUGGCUCACACUGACACAGCUCUGUGGGCUGUGCUUUGGAGACAAGGGGUGAGCUGGACUUGCAACGAGCAAAUACACAUUUUUAGUGUCUAGUCUGGGUGUGAAGAGUGAGUGUGUGUGGAUUAAACUAACAAAAAGACCCCAAGCCCCCCAGAAACUCACUAAGGAAGACUGUCAGCUCGAUGGUCCCUGAGCUGGUUCACCUGUGGUGUCUUAUGGGAUUCUUUUGCACUCACUUUUGCCUUAAAUAUUCUGGUUUGGUCUUUUUUAUAAAGUAAAAGUUGUGCUCUUUAC